AUGUCCCUCUCGCAUGUCACCUCUGCAAUCGUCACGAUGCCCUCUCGUAACAAGAUCGAUUCUUUCCAUCUCUUCAUAUAUGACUUCCCCAGCGUGUUCGCAAGACAGUUUCCUAGCGCUACAGCCAAAGGCAUAGGUAUCAUCCACGAAUGGGAAUUUCACUUUAAUCAAAAGAAUCGAGCAAACAUCCGGCCGAGAUUUGGUACCAGUCUGCUUGGAUUUGAGCCUGUCGGGAAGGAAUAUCUGAUGCCAGCGCCAGAGGUGAAGAAGGAAAUAUUUGACAGCAGAAAGGGCUUUCCCGCUUGUGGUCUCAUCUUUGAAGUCAAUAGCAUUGACAAUAUGGCUAUCGAAAGGGCAUUCGCAAAGCAACACCGCCAACGAGUUCUGUGCAAAGCAUGGACAUCUCCAGCUCUAGGUCAAGCCAUUGACUCGAAGUCUGUUCGCAUUGUAACCGCCUUUGCAGAUUUGCAUCACACUCGACAGGGUGGCAACCCACUUACCUUCAUGAGCCCAGCGGAAUACCAUAGAUGGAUGGAGACACUUGGUAUAUACACUCGCAAUGGUAUGCCCAAAGUUCUUCGGGACUUUGUACUUAAUGUGGUCAACGGAAAAGCCACCAACAAGUUUUCUCCGAUUUACAUCAAUCCAGAAGCUUAUCCUAUCGAUGUCACCAAAAUGAUUCGAAAACUCAAAGAAAAGCGUGAGCGCGAUAAAUCUCACAGAAAGCAGCUCCCUCCCACAGCUACCAAUCUCCAGAAAAACAACUUCACGAGUACUCGUACGGUCGUACCUACUAUCCAAGCGAAGAACUACGAAGCCAGGAUUAGCGGUCAUUGCGACGAGGAGCAUAUACAAGACCAGAUUGUCAAUGUCUACGAACAACCUCUCCCUGGCAAGGCCGCUAAUCUUCAGGAACAAUACUACAGAAACCAUGGCAUACUCGCACCUGCAUGCCCAUUCAACGACCAUCAAGCCAAGGUUUACGAGGAUUAUCACGAUGAGAUUUUGCGUAGUCAGGUUGAUGUUGACUUUCAGGACACGACGCAUUUCAAGGCAACUGUCUCCUACUGGGAUCGGAUAUCUGAAAGAUGCGACGACGGACUCGAUGUUCUCGAUGCCAUUAAGGAAAGCCGUAGUCAGCGUCAUUGGACACGUCCAAACACUGCUGAGCGCCUUGAGGCAGGCGAGGGUGAAGGAGAAACUGCACUUCCACAACCAAAGCCAAAGCCAGCUUUUAGUGUGGCUAUGCAGAAGCCCACCGAUGCAACCAACAGUAAAACUACAGAUUUGACAGAGCAGAAACCCGCCACUACCAUAAUUAAUGAGAGGCAGCGCCCACAGACUGCACAGGCUUCCCACCUUGCUGUACAGCCUCCGGUCAAGAAGCAAAAAGUCCAACAAUCAGGUCCAUCAAGAGCUCCCAAGUGCCAAUUGAACCAAACUCUGGCUUCUUUUACAAGCACGCUCAUCCCGACCCAGCAACAACGUCCCACGAAGUAG